ACAGAGGCAAACGUAAGGGGGGGACAACUUUAUUUUCCUUUCUCAUUUUUUAUUCUUUUAUUUAUUAUUAGAAUUAGUGAAUGCUUGGAUUCCUUAUCCACAGCCCGCUCGUUCUAGUUUGUGGCAGCAAUGCACCAUUGCCAACGACCAUAAAUAUCUAAGAAAAGGACCUUUUAAAAAGGACGACGCCGACUUUUCACUUCAGAGCAGAGCUAUUUUUGCUGUCAGCUUCCCUUUCCAGUGACUUGAAUGAGCUAUAAUCCAAGAUGCCUCUAAAUGAUGAGCGACCCAACUCAACAUCCAGCGGGGAGGACCAAGGCAGUGAUGUGGAGUCAUCAUCAGAGCGCUGCGACAGCAUGACAUUGAACAGCGACCUGGAGUGCUCACGUGAUAGCUUUACCAGUGACUCCUCCAGCAAGCAUUGUACCCCAUCCUCAAGCCCACCCAAAACCCUAACCCUGGAUGAAGUCAUGGAGUCUGCAAGAGACCUGUUCAAUCUCAGCCUUUCCCAUGAGAUUGUUAUGAACCGAAAUUUCCACCUGGAGCCAAAUAGUCUACCUCAAGACAGUUUAUUAAAGGUAGUUAGAGAUAAUCUUCACAAGGCCUUCUGGGAUAUUCUGGAGGCUGAGCUAAAUGACGACCCCCCCGAGUAUGGACAAGCCAUCAGAUUAGUGGAGGAGAUCAGAGAGAUCUUACUGUCAUUCCUUAAUCCGGGUGCCAAUCGGAUGCGGACCCAGAUCAUGGAGGUGCUGGACAUGGACCUGAUUCGUCAGCAAGCUGACAACGAUGCUGUGGACAUCCAGGGACUUGCCUCUUACAUCAUCACAACCAUGGGCAAGAUGUGUGCCCCUGUGAGGGAUGAGGAAAUCAAGAAGCUUCGGGACAGCACCGAUAACAUAGUGACGCUUUUUAAGGAGAUAUUCCGUGUGCUGAGCCUGAUGAGAGCAGAUAUGGUCAACUGUACAAUUGAAAACCUGAGGCCUGUGCUGCAGAGGCAAAGUGUCGAAUAUGAGAGAGCAAAGUUUCAGAGCAUCCUGGACAAAACACCCAGUGCUUUAGACCGCACCACUUCUUGGAUCAAGUCCGCGCUGGAAGAUCUGCAGUCAGCCAUCGUUCCCACAGAACAGACUAAUGGUCAUGGAAAAGAACAACCAUUGGUGCCUGGGCCCUUUCAAGUCCUCAAUGCUGCCUUCAUUCGCAUCCUCACAUGGGACUACUCUAAGAGCCCACCACCUGAGACAUGGAUGACAGAUGAGAUCCGUCUGCAAGAGAUCCAGUGGCAGCUUCAGCAAUGUCAGGCUGUGAAUGAGGUGCUGCUCAUCGUCUACAGCACCAUUGGAGGGCCUAUCCAGGGUCUGCCGUCCCUGUCUGACCGCCUGAAGAGGAUGAUCAGUGUGUUGCUGGAUGGGAUGCACAAACCAGACUUUAACAUAGAAGAGUCACUAGAGGGCGUCAGUGCUCAGAUCUGCUGUGAGCUUAACAAGUCUUUGACAGAGAGGAACUACCCUGCACUGACCCCAGCUCUGCAGGCCACGCUCACAGGCCAGAUUUGCAACAUUACCCAAAAGGACAAUCCCAUUCGCACUUUAGUUGAGGACCGUGUGCAGCAGUACUUCAUGGCACUCAUCUGUGACCCCAAACCUCAGUCCAAACUUGAACAAAUACCAGCUGGUUUGACUGCUAUCAAGCCUGAACUAGCAAUAAUUGGAGCAAAGUUCAUCUCCCUGGUCAACUACAACAAGACAGUCUAUGGACCAUUCUACGCCGACAUCCUCAGGAAGCUGAUGUUCAGCAACAGCCCACCAGUGGCAAGCCCUCCUCAGAACACGGCUCAGGACUCUGUCACCAACAAUUAAGAGCAAAACGUGGCUCAUGCAUUUAAGGAAGUCUGUGUUUCUACUAGACCUAGGUGAAGCGAAGGAGGUGGGGGGUAUCUGUGUCUACUAAAAUGUAUUUGAGCACUAUCAAGCUGGUGGUCAAUACUCAAAGAAAGCAAGCAAAAGUUUUUCAGUAAUGGGAUAUAAAUGCAUGGAGUGAAAGGAAGAAAGGAGGAAAUGUGUCAUGCAGGUUCUGCAACUGUGGUUUUAUCACUACAUUUGGCAGUAAAAGCACAGUAGAAUAGUCACCAUGCGGUCAACAUUAAAUGUGACCGGCAUACUUUGUGAUAAAUGCUCUUAGACAUAUUUUUCAGAAAUAUUUGAACAGUGAUAAUAAUGAUAUAAUUUUACCUCGGUACCCAAUCAGUUUGUUUUUAAUCAAAUCUGAAGAUACAACUAAAGUGCUGACCUAAGUGCAGCUUUUAUUCAAUGGAUUGAACAAAAAUAUGAUGUUGCUAUAUUACAUAUCAAGAUACUUAAGAAUUAAGUUCUCCUUAUGUCCUUGGUCACUUCAGCAAUAAACACUGGUGACCCAGUGCCAUUGGACUGCCUCCACUAUGUUUUACAGAUAUUAUACACUUUGGAAAAUGAGCCGUUCUAAGCGUUCUCCACAGGUUGAGCUCUAGUUCAUCUGUCCAAACAAAGCUUGUUUUGUUUUUUGUUUUUUUCUCCAAUUACCCAGACCUGUUCAUGAAACUACUUCUGAAUCACUUGUCUACCCAUCUUUGGUCCUUUGGGGAAAAAAAAAACUAUUACAUGUAUGGAAGAGCUAAAUUCCUAAACCCUUUCUCCCAGUUUGGCUGUGAAAACCCUCAAAUUAAAGCUGUAAGUCUUCACUUUAAGCCCGGUCAGCUGCAAAAAUAACAAAUGCUGUGCCAGUGUCCAAAUACGUGUGCUUUCCUGUGAACAGCUAGGACUUCAAACCAGAAAACCAGUAUUAGCUACAAUAAUCCAUUACUGUACCUAAUGGUGACACCCCCAUUUCAUCAUUGUGAAUUGUUGAAUUUUGGAGACAGCAAAUAAGAGAAAAGGGCAUUUUAGUAUAUAUAAUACAUACAGCAAGCUUUAUAAAACACAGACGGAGAAGUUUAUAUAUUUAGAAAAGUAGCAGAGUAGCAUUUCAGAUUCUUUACAUAUAGCUUUAUUUAUCACUGUUUAGUACUAAGGUAACAGUAUAACUGUUAAUUACGGUGAAACUGACAAUAGCAAGUGCCACACUUGAAGAUAUUAAUGCAAAUCAUGAGAGCCCUUUAUCCAUGGAUUUAUUACUUCAGUUGUUGUCCCUUACCUUUAUCAGCCUGAGAACUAAAUUGUUUGUAUCAUUUUUAAUCCAUGCUUGGCUUUGACUUCUCAAAGAAAGUAUUGCCAGUUGUCUGCAUGAGUAUCUUUGUGUUGGGAUUUGUUCAUUUUAAUUUUUGCUUGACUCUUUUGUUGGGAUAUUUGUCGCUCGUUGUAUGUUCUGUACCUUUAGUUGUUACCUUGCCGUUGGAAUACUAGUUAUAUUGAUUUUGUUGCUUGCUUGUUACAUAUUGAUGUACUGUUUUGUUUAGAGUACUAUGGCGUUGGCUAUAAGAAAACAAUUGUGACCUGAAAGGUGCUGAACACAGAAGUGAUUUUUGUGUCCAAAAUUUCCUGCGGACAUUUGUAUGUGCAAAGAAAAACAGAUAUGUAGUUUUACAUCCGUUUACACGAGAAUAUGGAGAGUUGUUUCUUUUCUUCUGUUUCACAGUUAAUAUAAUAAAACAACAAAAUUGAA